AUGCGGGUGUUGAUCGUGAAUGCGUAUCCAGCUUCAAGCAAACGUGGCCGCGAGAGGUUUGAGCAGUUCCGUCGUCAUGUUACGCGCGUGGUGAGAGAAAUACAGAAAGCGGAGGUUACACGAGUCGAAAUCGUGGAGAAACACCGCAGCAACCUUGAUUCGUUUCUGUUCGAGCUUCACUCGGAGUUUGCUGAUCCGCACAACAUCACAAAUUUCGAUCAGUUGGAUUUCGUAUUCGUCGAUGGAGACGCCAAUUCCAGUCCAUGGGCACCAAACAUGCGAAAGAUUGCACUCCUGACCAAAAUGUGUAUGAUGACGGGGAAAUGUUUUUUUGGGAGUGGGAUUGGUGCAUCGUUAGUGGCAUUCGUAUGCUCCACUGGAGGCGAGCAAUUACGAAUUAUGAAUAAUGAAGGAAAAGGCAGUAUGAUCGACAAGCUACAGGACAUCCCCCCACCUCCACAAGAAUCGAGACCGGUCGGGUUUGUAUCUCCUCGUGGAGGAGAUAAUAAUGUGUUGCUCGACAUUAAGAGUGGUGAUUUUUUUGUGUUUGUUGAACGCGAGCACUCCUGGGCCCCGAAGGGUAAUACUGGUCUUGUACUCCAUUCCAGCGAUAGGGCACGUAGCUACGGGGCUCGGCCGAACUCCGCCCGUGCUGGAAAUAAGAAAACGAACGUCGGUAAGAUCAGUCAACCACUUUUUCUCUCCAAACGAGGAGAAAUUCGAUGCUGUAUCCGACUCGAAGUGGCAAAUCAACACUCCAUUAUUACGACGACAUUUCCGCGAGAACGAGAGCUGGUCCUCAAUUGUAAAAGCAAAUGGGAUCUGGACGAGGAGAUCGCUACUACCGGUGGCAACAAGUAUCGAGUGCUUAUCGAUAGCAGUCGCGGACCGAUGUUGUUAGAAUUUGGAAAUUGCUUUGGAUCACAUUUCGAGCUAGCUAGCGAAUAUCCAGAAUCUUUAGCGCUGCUGCGAAAUUUCACACUGGCAAAGUAUGAUGAACUCAAGGUGCACGCACAUAUCGACCGAAGUUACGUAUCAGCGAUCAGCGGAUCUGCACGAUUGAAGCAGAGGCUCAGCCAAGCUCAAAACAAACAUGUUGGAUCCACCCAUAUUUCUCGAAUGGAAACAACUCUGCCAAUCAAUAACAAAGCACAUCUUGUUGAAGGACAUGAAGGAAUCGGAGUCGGAAGAUCGUCUCCUAAACGCAACCGUCCCGUAUCAGCAGGUCCUUAUCGAUCGAAACCACACGAAGUAAUUCCAAGGCGUAUCCACACCUCCAGAUCAGCCUAUGCAUCUUCACUGGAUUCUUCGCCAAAAUCAAUAUUUCAAGCUAAGCCGCCGCGAAUUGUGCGAGUUCCCCAGAAGAACGAACUGGAAAAGCCUUAUUGCGCGCAGCACCGCUUUGUCAAGAUGCGCAAAGAAGAAGAAAAACAAUCUACUGGUUACUAUUCAGUGGUGAAUGAUGCACCCUACGUAAGUGCCUACGAACAUGAAGUCGUCAACAAACAGAGGAGCAAGCUGCGAUGGAUAGGAGGACCUUUCCGCUCUGCUAUUGGGAAGGCGUCCACACAUGUGGUGCCAGAGGCUAGCAUCUUUAUCAACGACCCAUUUGUGCAGAAGAACGUGCCGUUUUACAUGACUCUGAGACGACAACUUGACCCUGAUGAGUCUAGCAGAUCAUCGCAACAGCAGUCAAGUGGAAACCGCCAGCAAACUCGAGACAUAUCGACGUUAACGGUGGAAAAUAAGUAG